CUGUCGACAUGUCAAUUCGAUUUGUCAUCAAAUACUAAUAAAUUGUAAACAUUUAUCAUUUUAUUGUUUUUCUAAUGAUUAUAUAAAUAAAAUAUCGUAAUUUUUUACUGUAAACAUUAACAGUAGAAUAAUAUUUUAAUUGAGAAGAUAUAGUGUUAAUAUAGCAAGACGUAUUCGGCUUUAUUUUACAAAAAUGUCUGAUGUGGAAGUGGAAGUUCCUACGACCUUUAAAAAGCGAAACCUCAAGAAUAGAGGCGGUAGAAAACGCAAAGCGUCGAGUUCUGAUGACAAAAACAGCUCCGAUUCAGAUGAACAGUCAGUUGUGUUGCCAAUGAAACGUCCCCAGAAAGAAAACCCCAACAAACAGACAACGGCUGGUACGAGAAGACAGAAACCCGUAGUAAAUGCUGAUAGUAGUGAUGAAGAUAAGACUGUAGAAGCUCACACAACAUUGUCAGUACAACAGCAGCGCGAGAAUGCGACAGCAACAUAUGAGCUGGACACAGAGCGAGACAGAGACGCCCAGGCCAUAUUCGAGAAGGCCCAGAUGAUAAACAAAGAGUUAAAAGGCCAGGCAGAUGAUAAGAUAUAUCGCGGUAUAAACAAUUACGCACAGUACUACAAGAAACGGGAUACAGCCGCCGGGAACGCAAGUUCGGGAAUGGUCAGGAAAGGACCCAUCAGGGCGCCGGCAAACCUCAGGGCGACCGUCAGAUGGGACUAUCAGCCGGACAUAUGUAAAGAUUAUAAGGAAACGGGAUUUUGUGGAUUCGGAGACUCGUGCAAAUUUCUCCACGACCGUUCUGAUUAUAAGCACGGAUGGCAGCUGGAGAGAGAAGAGGUGCAAGUGGCGGCCACUGGGGACGACUCCGAUUACGAAGUCCACAGCGAUGAGGAGCUGCCCUUCCGCUGCUUUAUAUGCAGGGGGAGUUUCACGGACCCCGUGGUGACCAAAUGCAAGCACUACUUCUGUGAGAAAUGCGCCCUAGACAACUAUAAGAAGUCUUCUAGAUGCUUCAUAUGCAACACGCAGACUGGCGGCGUGUUCAACCCGGCGAAAGACCUCGAAGCGAAAUUGAAGAAGAGGGAACAGGAUGACAAUGACGAGGAUGGUGAUGAUGAUGAUGAUGAAUAAAUUGAAUACGUUUUUUUUUUAAAU